AUGCCCGACAUAAAAAAAUCAUCAUGUCAAAGUCGUCAACCACUUCUGCUCGGAAGAUCACUAAGCUCAAUGAAGGACGAUGUUCAAAGUACCGCUUUCAGGAUACAACAACUGUUGGCGGAUAGCAGUAUGUUGGCUGGGCAGUUGGCAACUUUGAAGACACUGUUGAUGAUGAACGAUCGUGUUGAACUGUCAUUACAGCUUCUAUUAGAACCAUCGCCAGGCGAAUUAAGUGUUAAUGAAAAGAUACUGAACGGUGAUUUAAGUGGUGCUUAUCAUAGGUAA